UCCUCGUGGGCCUGGCCCGGGCUGGCCGUGCCCAGCGUUUCCUUGCCUUCUGGGGACUGGGAGGCCUGGCUCGGCCCGGCCUGCCCUUGCCCUCCUGGGCCUGGCCUGGCACGGCCUGGCCCGGCCCUCCGGGGCCUGGCCCGGCCUGGCCUUGCCCUCCGGGGCCUGGCCCAGCCUGGCCUGGCCGGUCCCUCUUGGGCCUGGCCCGGCUUGGCCUUGCUGUCCGGGGCCUAUCCCGGCCUGCUCCGGCCCUCCGUGGCCUCGCCCCUCAUGGCCCGGCCUGGGCCGUCCUGGCCUUGCCCUCCUCGGCCUUGACUGGCCUGGCCUGGCCUGGCCUGGCCCUUUCCGGCCUCGCCUUGCCCUCCCGGCCUGGCCCGGCCUGGCCUGGCCCGGCCCCCCGGGGCCUGCCUCCACCUUUCCUGGUCUUCCGGUGCCUGGACCGGCCUAGCCCGGCCCUCCAGGGCCUGGCACGGCCUGGCCUUGCCCUCCUGUGCCUGGCCCCGAUUGGCACGGCCCAGCCUGGCCUGACCCUCUGGGGCCUGCCCCGGCCUUGCCUUGCCCGGCCUGGCCUUGCCCUCAUGGGCCUGGCCCGGCCUGGCCCAGCCUGGCCUGGCCUUGCCCUCCUGGCCCUGGCCCGGCCUGGCCCUGUCCUCCAGUGCCUGUCCUGUCCUGGCACGGCCUCCCGGAUCUGGCCCUCCGGGGCCUGGUCCCACUUGGCCCGGCCCUCCGAGGCCUGGCGCGGCCUGGCCCUGCCCUGCCUGGCUUUGCUCUCCGGGGCCUGGCCAGGCCUAGCCCGGUCCGGCCCUCUGGGGCCUGGCCCUUCCCGUCCUGGCCUUGCUCUCCUGGGCCUGGCCAGGCCUAUCCUGGCCCAACCUGGCUUUGCCCUCCUGGGCCUGGCCUGCCCUGGCCCUACCCAGCCUGGCCUUGCCCUCCUGGGCCUGGCUCGGCCUGGCCCGGCCCUCUGGGGCUUGGCCGGGCCUCACCCGGCCCUCCGGGGCUUGGCCCAGCCUGGUCCGCCCCAUGGGGCCUGGCCUGGCCCGGCUCAGCCUGGCCUUGCCUUCCUGGACCUGGCCCGGCCUAGCCCGUCGUGGCCUGGACUUGCCCUCCUGGGCCUGGGCCGGCCUGGCCUGGCCCUCAGGGUACUGGUGACGCCUGGCCCAGCUCUCCGGGGCCUGGCCCAGCCUGGCAAAUAG